UUGACUUGGGGUCUCUACCCAGACCGGCUCCACCAUGUCCAAGGUUUCCUUUAAGAUCACGCUGACAUCGGAUCUGCGACUGCCCUACAAAGUGCUUAGUGUUCUUGAAAGCACACCUUUCACAGCAGUCUUAAAGUUUGCAGCAGAAGAAUUUAAAGUUCCUGCAGCAACAAAUGCAAUUAUUACUAAUGAUGGAAUAGGAAUAAAUCCUGCACUGACUGCUGGAAAUGUUUUUCUAAAGCAUGGUUCAGAACUACGAAUUAUUCCUAGAGAUCGUGUUGGAAGUUGUUAAAA